UGAAAGUAUUGCAGCUGAUUUCUUAGGAUUUCCUGCUGUUGUUUUAACAUAAACCCCACCAUGUAAACGGCAUACUAUUGGCAUGGCGCAAGGUGAGAGCUGAAGUGCAUUAUAAUUACGUCUCUGUAAACAGAUGGACUGAGCACAUGAAGCACACUCCAUCCUUGCUGCGUAUGCAGUGGCUUUCUGGGGAAGUUUGCCUGAAACAUGUUAUUUGCCAGCUUGCCACAGGUGUGUUGUGCAUCUGUUCACCUUUUUGUUGCCAAAUAAGCCGAUGACAGGCAGGUAAAUAAGGAAAGCAUUUCACGACAACUUCCCGAUGUGUGUGAAAGACAAAAAUGAGAGACUUGCCCUGGAAAAACACUGGGUUUCACUGAGAAAUGCAGCUCAGCUAGUUUUUCACUUUCUAACACGUGCCAACUGUGGCAUUCCUCACCAUUUAUUGCUGAUGAUCACUUUUUUACUUUUCAGAUUGGUAAGCACUUUCAGGGAAGUUUGGGGUGUAUUGCACAGACAUCUUGAAUGAAUUAUGGUACUUUUCCACCUCAUGCUGAUAACACUGAGAGAUUAGACCUCCAGUGCAAUGCUGGUAUUUGCCAAGGCUUAAUGAAUAAAGGAGUGUGUCUUAUUAUCCCUUUUAUUCAAUUUACUGAUUACUGGUUUAAUGAUUAAAUAUUAAACAAGGGAGACAGGACUAUAUUAAUCUGCCAGUGCUAGUAUUAACCCAAUACUGUUAUGAAGUUUGAUGCACAAACUGGGUUUAUUGGACCAGCGUACAGAGCCUUACAGACCAACUGUCCAUGGUAAAAUUUUGUAAACGUUUGUAAGGUCAUUCUCUACUGAAGUGUUGAAAAACAAUUACUACAAAAGACCCUGCCAAGAAGUCCUUAUUAUUAAAGGGCCCGACUGAAAGACACUCUCGACUUUACUGUAGGUCAAGUUUACAAGCGAAUCGAAUAUGAUUAAUGUUAUAGUUACUAAUAAAAGCAGCUGUGUGAAAAUGUAAUUCCACUCAGCUGUUUCAGGUCCCAGGUUCGAUCCUGUCUCUGUGGAGAUUUGCAUGUUCUCCUCGUGGGUUUCCUCUGGGUUCUCCGGGUUCCUCUCACCUCCCAAAAACUUGCAUGUGGAUAAAUUAUUAAAGUUACUUCACCUCAUAGGUGAAUUGACUACUCUAAAUUGCCUGUAAAUGGGAUAGGCUCCAGAUCCACCCUUUACCCUGACCAGGAUAACAUGGUUGCUGAAGAGGAAGGAAGGGAUGAGUGCUUCAGACUGUAUUCUUUUACGUCAUGUGUAAGAUAAUCUGUCAUGAAACAAGAAGUUUACUCAGCAUGACAUUAAAGUGAUAUUAAUUUGUAGUUUAUUAUACGCUCAAGUGCAAGCAUUUGCACACGAUCCUUGCUGCAAAGAAACUGAAUUUACACCAUGAAACUAUUUAGAGUGCUAGGUUUCACAGAUGUUCUGCUAUGACCACAAGUAUCAUAAUGGUCAAAUGAUGUAUGUUAAGAUAGAUGUUGAUAGUUGUUAUGUUCACACCCUACGACGACGGUCAUAUGGAGGGUGUAUUCUUUCCAAGGAGUAGAGUAGGGAAACCUUUUUCAUUUUCAUUAGUGCAGCACUUUUAACAAUAGACAUCUGGAUGUAGAUAUACUCUAGGUCCUUAAUGAGCAAUCCAGAUGUGACAGGAAGAACACCCUGAGAGGACAUAAAGAAGAAACGUUGAGAGGAAUUAGACUCAACAUGGAACCCUAUUCUGGGUGAUAGUGGGAUUAUAAAUGAUUGCUCUUCCACAUUUGUACACUCAAACAGUAUUAAGUGCAUUGAAAAGGAUGUUCAGUGUCAUCAGUAUGAGAAUUUAUGAUUAGAGUAGCAGUAUCCAGAGUGAGUCAUGGGCACAAACUGUUUUUGGGAAGUGCAGAUCUUUAGAGCAUCCAUCUGGAACCAUCCACAACAGCAGAGAGUAAGCUACAAGUGCACUUCCCUUCUAGCUGUGCGCGUAAUCCAGCGGAUACACAAGGUGCUCUUCGCCCCGCCCUCCGGUCUCUCAGCCAAUCAGCGGCGUCGCACGCACUGCCAGCGAGAGAGCGCGCGCUGCAGCGCUGAACAGAAGCUGUCUCUUUAAGGAGCUGUCAAAUCAGAUUAAAGCCCAUCCUGAAAGCUAUGUGGUCUCUGCGUUUAUCUGUGCCGUAGCGCGCGCGCACGCUUUUUAAUUCGCAUUGCUCAUCAUUUCCCUCUAGAAACACUUCAGUGCAAACUUGUGACAUGGAUCAGACAGCAAACUCGUUUGGAUAAAGACUCUCAGGAAGUUGGGAUCCGAGGCGCGCAGAGAAGCGCACAGAGGUUCAUCUGAGCUUCUGAAACUUCUCCAGUGCGUGUCUGUUGAGUGCACACACACGCACACGCUUGGAGAGGGGUUUAAAAACGGUCCAGAGCAUCGUGACGGGUAUGGUGCUGAAGAGCAGGUGAGAUCGGAGCAGAACCGAGCCGGAAAAUGCAGAAGAGCGUUCGCUACAAUGAGGGACACGCUCUGUAUCUGUCCGUGGUGGCGCGCAAAGAGGGCACCAAGCGCGGCUACCUCAGCAAGAAGACGACGGAAAACAGCAAAUGGCACGAGAAGUUUUUCGCCCUCUACCAAAAUGUGCUCUUCUACUUCGACUCUGAGCAAAGUGCUCGACCCUCGGGCAUUUAUCUCCUGGAGGGCUGCACCUGUGAACGAGUCCCGGCGCCUAAAGUGUCCACCGGAGGCAAGGAGACCCUGGAGAAACAGCACUAUUUCCUCAUUGUGUUUGGUCAUGAUGGCCAGAAGCCUCUGGAGCUCCGUGCUGAAGAGGAAACAGAGUGUGAUGAAUGGGUGGAGACCAUCCAACAAGCCAGCUAUUCAGACAUUAUCAUCGAGCGUGAAGUGCUCAUGCAGAAAUACAUCCACCUGGUGCAGAUUGUGGAGACGGAGAAGGUGGCAGCCAAUCAGUUGCGCACCCAGCUGGAGGACCAGGACACAGAGAUUGAGAGACUCAAAGCAGAGAUUGUAGCCUUGAACAAAACCAAGGAGAGGAUGCGUCCUUACCAAGUGAACCAAGAGGAAGACGAUCCAGACAUCAAGAAGAUUAAAAAGGUCCAGAGUUUCAUGCGAGGCUGGCUGUGCCGGAGGAAGUGGAAGAUCAUUGUUCAGGACUACAUCUGCUCUCCUCAUGCCGAGAGCAUGAGGAAGAGAAACCAGAUUGUCUUUAACAUGGUGGAGGCUGAGACUGAGUAUGUCCACCAGCUGUCCAUCCUGGUAAACUGCUUCCUCAGGCCACUCCGCAUGGCGGCCAGCUCUAAAAAACCUCCCAUUAGCCAUGAUGACGUCAGCAGCAUCUUCCUCAACAGUGAAACUAUCAUGUUUUUGCACGAGAUAUUCCACCAAGGACUGAAGGCGAGGAUAGCAAACUGGCCCACACUGGUUUUAGCCGAUCUCUUCGACAUUUUGCUGCCUAUGCUGAACAUCUACCAGGAGUUUGUGCGGAACCACCAGUACAGCCUGCAGGUUUUAGCGAACUGUAAACAGAACAGGGAUUUUGACAAGCUGCUGAAACAAUACGAGUCCAAUGCUGCGUGUGAGGGAAGGAUGCUGGAAACCUUCCUCACAUACCCCAUGUUUCAGAUUCCACGCUAUAUUAUAACUCUACAUGAACUCUUGGCUCAUACACCGCAUGAGCAUGUAGAGCGGAAGAGUCUGGAGUUUGCCAAGUCGAAGCUUGAAGAGCUGUCCAGAGUGAUGCAUGAUGAGGUGAGUGACACAGAGAACAUCCGCAAGAACCUGGCUAUCGAGCGCAUGAUUGUGGAAGGUUGUGACAUCCUCCUCGACACCAGUCAGACAUUUGUGAGACAAGGCUCUUUGAUCCAGCUACCCUCGGUGGAGAGGGGGAAGCUCAGCAAGGUGCGACUGGGAUCUCUCUCCCUGAAGAAAGAAGGAGACAGGCAGUGCUUCCUGUUCACCAAGCAUUUCCUCAUCUGUACCCGUAGCUCAGGAGGCAAGCUGCACCUGCUCAAACAAGGUGGCGUACUGUCCCUGAUUGAGUGCACCCUCAUCGAGGAACCUGACGCCAAUGAUGAAGACUCUAAGACCUCAGGGCAAGUGUUUGGCCAUCUGGACUUUAAGAUUGUGGUGGAGCCUGCAGACGCUCCUGCAUUUACAGUGGUGCUUCUGGCUCCAUCACGCCAAGAGAAAGCAGCCUGGACAAGCGACAUCAGCCAGUGUAUUGAUAACAUCCGCUGUAAUGGACUGAUGACCAGUGUGUUUGAAGAGAACUCCAAAGUCACUGUGCCGCACAUGAUAAAAUCUGAUGCACGUCUCCAUAAAGACGAUGUUGACAUUUGCUUCAGCAAGACGCUCAACUCCUGCAAGGUUCCCCAGAUCCGCUACGCCAGCGUGGAGCGGCUGCUGGAGAGGCUGACAGACCUGCGCUUCCUUUCUAUCGACUUCCUUAACACCUUCCUGCACACGUACCGCAUCUUUACCUCUGCUGCUGUGGUCAUGGACAAGCUGGCUGACAUCUAUAAGAAGCCCUUCACUUCCAUUCCAGUCAGGAUCCAGUAUCCCUCAUUUGAUCGCUUGUCCAUCACAUCCUUCUGUCCAGAUUACAGCUUGAAGCUGAGGAAGAUAGCCAUGGACCAAUCAAAGUCCCUGGAGCUUUUCUUCGCCACCAACCAGAACAACCGCUCCAGCAGCACGGGCAGUGAGCAUCCCAACGAGAAAUCUCCCCGCCUGUGCAGGAAGUUCUCCUCCCCUCCUCCCCUCUCCAUCCCCUCACACACAUCCUCUCCUGUGCGAGCCCGUAAGCUCUCCCUCAACUCUCCACUCAGCUCCAGGGUGGCUGCACUGGACCUGUCCAACCCUUUGUCCUCCUCUGCUGCCAGCAGCCCCACCUCAGCGAACCCCUGCACCUCGCCUCCUCACUCCUCCAACAUCAAGUCUCCUCAGGAUCCUUCACCUGAGCAGAGUCCUGGUGCCAGUGAUGAGAGUGGAGACACACCACGCAUCGACGCACUCUCUGGAAAACUGCGUCGUAGCAUUCGGAGGGCUGUCCUAGAAUCAGCCUCAAUGGAUAAGUUCAUCCCUGAGUCUCCACAAGGCAGUGAAGCUGGAGAUCUCUCGCCCUGCAGGUCGCCCUCUACACCACGACACAUGCGCUUCAGAGGUCCUGGAGUCCCUGCAGCAGAGAACUCACGUUGUUCGGUGUCUCCAGCUUCAGCCUUCGCUAUUGCAACAGCUGCCGCUGGCCACAGCAGCCCUCCAGUCUUCAACAACUCGGAGAGAAUGUGUGACAAAGAGUUCAUCAUCCGAAGAGCAGCCACUAACCGGGUUCUGAAUGUCCUGCGCCACUGGGUCUCCAAACACUCCCAGGACUUUGAGCUGAAUAGAGAGUUGAAGAUGGGCGUGAUGACCCUGCUGGAAGAGGUGCUGAGAGAUCCUGACCUGCUCCCUCAGGAGAGGAAAGCCACUGCAAACAUACUGAAUGCUAUUUCACAAGAUGACCAGGAUGAUGCUCAGCUGAAGAUAGAGGACAUUCUGCAGAUGGCUGAAUGCCCAAAGGCAGAGUGCUUUGAAUCACUAUCAGCAAUGGAGAUAGCUGAGCAGAUCACACUUCUAGACCACAUCAUUUUUCGAAGCAUCCCUUAUGAGGAGUUUCUGGGCCAAGGCUGGAUGAAGAUGGACAAGAAUGAAAGAACUCCUUACAUCAUGAAGACCAGCCAACAUUUUAAUGAUAUGAGUAACCUGGUAGCCUCACAGAUUAUGAGCCACACAGAUGUAGGCUCCAGGUCGAGCUCCAUAGAGAAAUGGGUGGCCGUAGCUGAUAUUUGCCGCUGUCUGAACAAUUACAACGGUGUACUGGAGAUCACCUCUGCCCUGAAUCGCAGUGCCAUCUACAGGCUGAAAAAAACCUGGGCUAAAAUCAGCAAACAGACGAGAGCACUCAUGGAUAAGCUCCAGAAGACGGUGUCAUCAGAGGGACGAUUUAAAAACCUGAGGGAAACCUUGAAAAACUGUAAUCCACCAUGCGUCCCUUAUCUGGGCAUGUACCUGACAGACCUGGCGUUUAUUGAGGAAGGAACCCCAAACUUCACUGAAGAGGGUCUGGUCAACUUCUCAAAGAUGAGAAUGAUAUCUCAUAUUAUCCGUGAGAUCCGACAAUUCCAGCAAACUCCUUACAGAAUUGAGCACCAGCCGAAGGUCACACAGUACCUGCUGGAUAAGGCCUUGAUCAUGGAUGAAGACACACUGUAUGACUUGUCUCUAAAGAUCGAACCCAGGCUUCCUGCUUGACCUGCAGACUUGACAUCAGACCUCCGACUACCAAACAUGCUUCUCUUUCACAGGCUUUACUGACGCCAUGAUGUUUGCCAUGGUAAAGCGUCACCAGUGUGGAGAAUAAGGAGUAAAUGAAGAGCAAAAAGUCAUAGAUUGAAGUUUGCUGAAGAUAAAUAAGACGUGAGCUAAGUCCAUUGCCACUGUGUUGCGAGUCAAGGACUGUGAGUGUUCAGGUGAAAGCAGUGAACAUGUGGCGAAGAGAAUGGAGAAGAAAUGUAGCAUGUACAGCAGCAGAACUCUAUCCCGGAGGAGAGUGGUUCAAGUACUGUUCUCUCAUAGCUCAUGCUGGUAAAUUUGUGCGUGUUUAAGAUUGUGGGUUCUGUCUUUCUCCCUCGUCUCUCCAAGUCUGAUGUCUCCGAGCCACAUAGCAAAUGAGGACAUGCUUGGUACUUCCAUUUGUUUGUCAUUUUGCCAGUCUCAGUACAUUUAUGUCUGUUUUGCCACAGGAGAGUUGCAGUGAACCAAACCACUAGAAUGUUGUUUAAAGGCUGAGUUUUUCAGGGGAAGGAAGUGGAAUGUUCAGUAGCUCUUUGCAGAUUCUAGCAGGUCACAGAUUACAUUUAAUGGAGAUGGUGCUUCAUAAAAUUAUGUAUGCUUUGUUUUUGCUCCUCUUGAAUGAUAUAAUUCUAAAUUAGUAGAAUGUUAUACAAAAUAAAUCAUUAUUUAAAAAUUACCUAAUAUAUACAUAAUUAUAAAUUAUUGACUGAGUGUGUAUAAGGUGCCUUCUUGACACAGUUCAUAAAUGGUGAUGUUUCCAACACAGUUAUUAAAUGGCAGUACAUUUUGACCACUAUAUCAUAUAACUUGCUAUCAAACAUUGCUAAUUGAUGUCAGAUCGUGAUUUUAGAAUUUAGUUUUAAAGAUAUUCAAGCAUUCGUUGUUGGAUUCGGAUCAUAGAGUUAUAAAAAAAAGCUGAAAAGAAAACUAAUAGCCAUUUUAUAUGGUAUGACUAUAACUCAAUGGGCUAUAGCCGAUAUGAUCUGUUGGUGUACACAAUUUAUUACCUUCCUCUAACCUCCUCUAACCUGUGCACACAACUAUAUGACCACAGCUGAGCAGAUAUUAUUUGGCUGGUGGACCAUUCAUAGUUCAAUGAUAUCUAAUAAUAAUAAUAUCUAAUAUCUAUAAAUAAUAUCUACUAAUAAUAUCUUGCCAGUAGAGUAGAGAGGGCUGAGAAAUUGUGUUUAGCAAAAGAAGGGCUACAGUCAGUAAAUGUACAAGUACAAAAAUCACCUUUAUGUUCAGUGAACCUGAUAAAAUGACCUUUGAGUGUAUGAAGAAGGUCUAUAAAUAAUGGUGUAUCUUUGCCUCUCAUAAAAAGGUGAUAUACAGUGAAUAAAUUAAAAAAUAUAUAUCUUUGGGAGGGGGUCAGAUUGUAGCAUUUCAUUAAGCACAGAAAUAAUGCUUAGGUCAUUUUGCACUCUGUUAUUAUUAGAGCUGAUUACAUGAUGAAUGCUAAUCGAAGGAUGACUGAUUGUGAAAAUAUUUCAGUUCUAAAUGCAGAAUGGACCCAGACUGGUCUUUGUUAAUGCCACCAAUUUGGGGUAGCUGCUUGAUUUCUUUCACUGCAUUACACUAAAAUGGUUGUUUCAGUCUUUUAAUUGUUUUGCAUGCAACAGAUCAUGUUUGCAUGCUUGAAAACUACACGAGAGAUGUUCUGUGUUGAUGUUUCCCAGCUGUAUAGUCUUUCUUCAAACCUCAGAAGAACAAUAGAUGACUUUCCAGUGGACUGCACUUUUUUCACCCUUUAUGCUCAUGAAAGCUGGAAAUUUCAUAUGCAUAUGCUGGCAGAGAGCUGUCAAUCUGGCCAUAAAUAUAUUAUCUACCACUGUGCUAUACGAAGACAAUAUUAUUUUUGUCUGACAAUUUUAUUCAGAUUGAUUUCUCUUUUUUGAGUGUGUGGGUGUAUACAUUGAAGACAAACGAGGCAGGUUAUAGUAGUGUAUGGGUUGCACUUUCAGCAAUGUAGCGUUGCUUACCUGAGUGUGUUAUAGUAAUAUUUAUUUCUUGACAUAUUUAUUUGACCUUUUCUGUAUAUAGUAUGUCACACAUGAGAUUAUGUUAUAGUGGUUUUUAUUAUUAAAUCAUGUAAUACUUUGAUUUUGCAAUGACUUUUCAAGCACUUCUAGUGUACUGUUCUACUUUGCAAAACCAGUCAAAAGAAAUGUAGCAUAUCUGAUUGGAUUUCUGUCAUUUAUCUUGCUUUUUUUUUUUUUUUUUUUAAAUUAACAGAUGUAUGUAAUGUGCAUCUUGGCAUCGCAUUGCUGUUGUGUGCUGCAUGUUGGUGCAUGUCUAAGCUGGACAUGUAUGUAUAGCUUCAGCACUACAGUUCCAGGCUUUCAUUUGAAAUAAAACUUCAUGCUCAUUGGGAA